AUGGCUCAGGACAGAGAAAAAGAAAUUCCUGUUUUAAGGCUUGGAAAGAUUAAGAGAUUAACUGCAAAUGAAGAGGGUGAACCAUCAAAGGCACUAAGAGAUCUUCUUGCACAUGAUUUCAUUAAAGUGAAAAAAGUAUCAUACCGAGGUAUUGGACAAUGUGAACCACCAUCAAAACCAGAUCAGCCAAUAGUGCCUCCACCAAGCACUACUGAGAACUUCCCUCCUGUACCUAGGAAUCCAAUUGAUCAUAUUGAAGCAGUUGUUGGAGAGUUGCUAGUUGUUGUUGUACCUGAGGAUUCAUUUUAUGAUCCAGAAGAAGGAAAUGUCCGUAACAUGCAUCUUACCUUGCUUACAUUAGAGCUGAACAAAAUUUCUUCAGAUAACUGGCUUCAGGUUGAUACAAAGAAUCAGGAAUUUUAUGGAAUACCAAUGCCAGGUGAUGAAGGCAGCAAGGAAUACCAUCUGGUGUGUGAAGAUAAACGAGGGUUAACUACACAUGAUGUACUGACUGUAAAAGUAAAGCAUGCAAGGAAAAUUAAUUACAAUGUUGAAUUCAGAACGAAGUUGGAUGUCCCAUAUAAUAAAUUUAAAAGCAGUGCUUCAGACAAAAGAAAGUUUAUUGAGAAAUUACGUGAUCUUUUUGGAGACAAUGAUGCCUCUGCAAUUGCUUUAAGUGACAUAAUAGAAGGUUCAACAAUUGUAACAUGGCACAACAGGACACUGAAUACCUCUGUGUGUCCAGAGGAUGAAAUUAGAAAACUGAGAAAAAUUUUAUUGAAUAAUGAUCAUAGUAUAUCAGAUCGUGUGGGUAUGGUCCUCGGCCCAGAAUUCCCUGUGGAAGAAAUAGAGGUAAUACCAGCGCAGAUAUGCCAAGGAGAGUUUACCUUGAUACACCCUAUAGCGGAAAAAGUACCACCACUUGAAGAAACAGCUGUAGGAUCUUCAGAUGAAUACCUCAUUACUUUUAUCGUACCAGCUGUGAUUAUUGUAGGCAUGAUAUUACUGGCUGGGAUUGUUGCAUGUGUGCUGUACCGAAGGAGAAGACGUGGCAAACUGAGUGUGGGUGAUGAAGACGAACGUCAGACUUUCCGUAAUAAGGGAAUACCAGUGAUAUUCCAAGAUGAACUCGAGGAGCGACCCGAGCCAGAGAACAAGAGUCCCGUGAUCAUGAAGGAUGAAAAACCACCUCUUCCACCACCAGAAUAUCAGCGAAGUGAGGCAGAGCCUAGUGCGCCACCAACAGCUGCUCACCCACUGUUGGGAGAGAAUAAUGCGGCUACUGACGACACACCGUACCAACCGCCGCCUCCUUUCACAACUAGUCGAGAUUCUGGACGCCAAAACCGUCCCAACCCCACGCCGACUUACAGAAAACCACCUCCUUAUGUGCCUCCUUAACAUAAGACUCCUUGCCUUCUCUGUUACUUGCACAUAUUUCUUCACAGUGCUUUAGUGGAGAUGACAGACAUAUAAUCAAUCACUUGGUGC